AUGAAUAUAUAUAAAUAUAAUUAUUAUUAUCUUUAAAAAGGAUAAAUUUAUAAAAUAUAUUUAAAAUGUCUUGUUGUUAAAAAUUAUUAAGAACUUUUAUAAUUUUUUUAGUAUAAAAAGCUUAAUUAUAGCUGGUUUAAUAAUUUAUUUUAUUUUAAUUAUAAAAACGAAUAUAAAACACUUUUUGAAUACAUACAUUAAAGCCUUCAAUAGUAUAUUAUGUAUAUAAUAUCUGUUUUAGGAGGUUUAUUCAUAUCUUAGAGUUUAUUUGGGUUAAGUGGAGUCUAUUUUCGUAGUAAAUGUUGUAUUUUUUUAAGCAGAAUUUUUUCUUUUCUAAUAAGUAUUUUAUUUAUUGCUUUAGGAAUAACAUUGAUUUAUUUAAAUAAAAAUUAAUAUUAAUAAUUUAAAGAUGCAAAUUGUGAAUAAAAUUAAAAUAAUGAUUUUGAAUGGCUGUAUAAUAGUAAUGAAGCUUAUAAACAAGCUUAAAUUAAACUAUUUUGUUAAGAUUUAUGUUAAUGCUAUAUUAAAAAUCCUUAAAUAUAUGAAAAUGAUCUGAAUUUUUCAUAGACUGAUAGUUCUUUACCUUAUUAGGUUUAGCAAUGCUAAUUAUAUAAUUAAAUUAUACCCGAAUAAUAUCGUUAUUAUGAUAAAUUAGCAAAUUUUAUUGAAACAUAUUUUAAAUGUAGUGGAAUAUGUGAUAAUAUUCCUUAUUAUAUAUUUUCAGAUAUCAAUAAUAGCCCUCCAUAAUACAAUUAAGGUUGCAAAAAACGAAUUUAAGAUUUUUUAGAUAAAAUAAGUACUUUUGUAUAUUUAAGUAGCUUAAUUUUAGGAGGAAUAUAUUUUUUAUUGAUAAUGUUAAUGUUUUAUAUAAAAUAAGUCGAAUAAAAAAAAGAAAAAUAUAAUAAGUUAAUAGACUGA